AUGGUAAACCAGGAGAGCUACACGAGGCAGCGGAUCAAGAAGGCGACGGAGCAGCUCCGCCGCCUCCAGAAUGAGAACAGCUGCCGCGAGCUCGAGGCGUUCAUGUUCCGCUGCAUCACGGGCCAGGCCUCCAUCCACAACCUCCAAAUCACUGACGUCUCGGAGAUGAGCUGGGUCAUCAGCCAGAUACUCAGGGAGAUCAAGGGCAGGAUGGACGCCAUGGCGGCGGAGCACCAGCUCAAUCAGGCUGCGCCGCCGCUGCCUCCUCCUCCUGCGGUGGAAGAGGCUACCCCGCGGAUGGAGGAGGAUGGAAAUGGCAUGGAGAGCUUCCUGUGGAACCUGGUGCAGAGCCCGGGAGGAGGCAGCGGGAUGGUGCUGCCGUAUCCCUACAUUUUCGGCCAAUCUAGCUCUUCUCAUUCUGGCCAGAAUCAGAAUCCCAAUCCUGUCAACCAGUGA